CGGCCGCGGGCUGCCGGGGGGCGGCCGCCGCUGCCCAGGGAGGCUCGCAGAGGCUCCGAGAGCGCUCCCCGGCGGGUCCCCUGCGCACUUGCCGCGCCCGGGCAGCGGCCCGACCCGGCGAGCAUGGGCGGCGCGGAGUGACGCCGCCGUGCCCGCUUGGCAUCAAGGACAUUCGGCCCUCGGGGGUGGGGACGAAGGGGGGCAGCCCUGAGUCGCCACCGCAGCCCCCCCAGAGCCACUACUGCUGCUCAGGCUCCGCGAUUGGGUGGAAGAAAGGGGUGCUUGAAAUCGAUCCACAAUUUCCGACCUUUUUGUUGGACAUUCCGCCCACCUUGGACGCUGCAAGAGGAGCUGUCAAGCCCCGCAGGCUCUGAUUUCGCCCUCCGUUUUCCUCGCGCCCUCCCGGGCUCCCUGUGCCCCGGUGGAGUAUUUGCGUUCGGGGCUGGGGCUGGAGGAGGCAGCCACACGCGCGCACACGCACACGUUCGGAAGAGGGCGAGCGGCAGCGGCACCGGCACCAUCUGCAGUGUCAAUGCGGCGCUCCCGCUGAAGGAGGCAGAAGCGGCGCUUGCAGGGACCCUCCACUCCUGAGUCCUGGCCCUCCCAGGAAGACGCUUUGUCAGUGCUACUGUGCCACGAGGACCCGUGUCUGAAAUGAAAGCCAUGCCCUGGAACUGGACUUGCCUGCUGUCCCAUCUCCUGAUGGUAGGGAUGGGCUCCUCCACUCUGCUCCCCCGGCAGCCACCCCCGCCGCCCCAGAAGCGGUCUUUUGUCACAUUUCGAGGGGAGCCAGCGGAGAGCUUCAACCACCUGGUGGUGGACAAGAGGACAGGGCACAUUUACUUGGGGGCUGUCAACCGGAUCUACAAGCUGUCCAGCGACCUAAAGGUCUUGGUGACCCACCAGACAGGGCCGGAUGAGGACAACCCCAAUUGCUACCCGCCCCGCAUCGUCCAGACGUGCAACGAGCCCCUGACCUCCACCAACAACGUCAACAAGAUGCUCCUGAUAGACUACAAGGAGAACAGGCUGAUCGCCUGCGGGAGCCUCUACCAGGGCAUCUGCAAGCUCCUGAGGCUGGAGGACCUCUUCAAGCUGGGGGAGCCUUUCCACAAGAAGGAGCACUACCUGUCGGGAGUCAACGAGAGCGGCUCUGUCUUUGGAGUGAUCGUGUCCUACAGCAACCUGGACGACAAGCUCUUCAUUGCCACGGCCGUGGACGGGAAGCCAGAGUACUUCCCCACCAUAUCCAGCCGGAAGCUGACCAAGAACUCAGAGGCGGACGGCAUGUUCGCGUACGUCUUCCACGAUGAGUUUGUGGCCUCGAUGAUUAAGAUCCCUUCGGACACCUUCACCGUCAUCCCCGACUUUGACAUCUACUAUGUCUAUGGCUUCAGCAGUGGCAACUUUGUCUACUUUUUGACCCUUCAGCCAGAGAUGGUUUCUCCCCCAGGCUCCACCACCAAGGAACAGGUUUACACAUCCAAGCUCGUGAGGCUUUGCAAGGAGGACACCGCCUUCAACUCCUACGUGGAGGUGCCCAUCGGCUGUGAGCACAAUGCGGUGGAGUACCGCUUGCUGCAGGCGGCCUACCUGUCCAAAGCCGGGGCCGUGCUCGCCCAGACCCUCAAAGUCCGUCCAGAGGACGACCUCCUCUUCGCUCUCUUCUCCAAGGGCCAGAAGCGGAAAAUGAAAUCCCUGGAUGAGUCGGCCCUAUGCAUCUUUAUCUUGAAGCAGAUCAACGACCGCAUUAAGGAGCGGCUGCAGUCCUGCUACCGGGGUGAGGGCACGCUGGACCUGGCCUGGCUCAAGGUGAAGGACAUCCCCUGCAGCAGCGCGCUCUUAACCAUUGAUGACAACUUCUGUGGCCUGGAUAUGAAUGCGCCCCUGGGCGUGUCCGAGAUGGUGCGUGGCAUUCCUGUCUUCACGGAGGACAGGGACCGCAUGACCUCUGUCAUCGCGUAUGUCUACAAGAACCACUCUCUGGCCUUCGUGGGCACCAAGACUGGCAAGCUGAAAAAGAUCCGGGUGGAUGGGCCCAAGGGCAAUGCCCUGCAGUACGAGACCAUGCAGGUGGUGGACCCUGGCCCUGUGCUCCGGGACAUGGCCUUCUCCAAGGACCACGAGCAACUCUACAUCAUGUCAGAAAGGCAGCUCACCAGAGUCCCCGUGGAGUCCUGCGGUCAGUAUCGGAGCUGCAGCGACUGCCUGGGCUCGGGGGACCCGCACUGCGGCUGGUGUGUGCUCCACAACACGUGCACCCGGAAGGAGCGCUGCGAGCGGUCCAGGGAGCCGCACAGGUUUGCCUCUGAGAUGAAGCAGUGUGUCCGGCUGACCGUGCAUCCCAGCAACAUCUCUGUUUCUCAGUACAAUGUCCUGCUGGUCCUGGAGACACACAACGUCCCGGAGCUGUCAGCUGGCGUCAACUGUGCCUUCGAGGACCUGUCAGAGAUGGAUGGGCUGGUGGUGGGCAAUCAGAUCCAGUGCUACUCCCCGGCGGCCAAGGAGGUGCCCCAGAUAAUCACAGAGAACGGGGACCACCAUGUCGUCCAGUUGCAGCUCAAGUCCAAGGAGACGGGCAUGACCUUUGCCAGCACCAGCUUUGUCUUCUACAACUGCAGUGUCCACAACUCGUGCCUGUCUUGCAUGGAGAGCCCUUUUGGCUGCUACUGGUGCAAAUACCGGCACGUCUGCACCCACGACCCGAAGACGUGCUCCUUCCUGGAAGGCCAAGUGAAGCUGCCUGAGGAGUGCCCCCAGCUGCUGCGCGUGGACAAGAUCCUGGUGCCCGUGGAGGUGAUCAAGCCCAUUACCCUGAAGGCCAAGAACCUGCCCCAGCCGCAGUCCGGGCAGCGCGGGUACGAAUGCAUCCUCAACAUCCAGGGCAGCGAGCAGAGGGUGCCCGCCCUGCGCUUCAACAGCUCCAGCGUGCAGUGCCAGAACACCUCUUACUCCUAUGAAGGGAUGGAGAUCAACAACCUGCCGGUGGAGCUGAUGGUUGUGUGGAACGGCCACUUCAACAUCGACAACCCCGCCCAGAAUAAAGUUCACCUCUACAAGUGCGGAGCCAUGCGUGAGAGCUGCGGCCUGUGCCUCAAGGCGGACCCAGACUUCGAGUGCGGCUGGUGCCAGGCUCAGGGUCAGUGCACCCUGCGGCAGCACUGCCCCACCCACGAGAGCCAGUGGCUGGAGCUGGCGGGAGCCAACAGCAAGUGCACGAACCCACGCAUCACGGAGAUAAUCCCAGUGACAGGCCCCCGGGAAGGGGGCACCAAGGUCACCAUCAGAGGAGAGAACCUGGGUCUGGAGUUCCGAGACAUCGCCUCCUACGUCAAGGUGGCCGGCGUGGAGUGCAGCCCUUUGGUGGAUGGCUACGUCCCUGCGGAACAGAUCGUGUGUGAGAUGGGGGAGGCCAAGCCCAGCCAGCACGCCGGCUUCGUGGAAAUCUGUGUGGCCGUGUGUCGGCCCGAGUUCAUGGCCCGGUCCUCGCAGCUCUACUACUUCAUGACGCUGACCCUCUCAGACCUGAAGCCCAGCCGGGGGCCCAUGUCCGGGGGCACCCAGGUGACCAUCACCGGCACCAACCUGAACGCGGGCAGCAACGUGGUGGUGAUGUUCGGGAAGCAGCCCUGCCUCUUCCACAGGCGCUCUUCAUCCUACAUCGUCUGCAACACCACAUCCUCAGAGGAGGUGAUGGAGAUGAAGGUGACAGUGCAGGUGGACAGGGCCAGGAUCCGCCAGGACCUGUUCUUCCAGUACGUGGAGGACCCCACCAUCGUGCGGAUUGAGCCAGACUGGAGCAUCGUCAGUGGGAACACACCCAUCGCCGUGUGGGGCACGCACUUGGACCUCAUCCAGAACCCCCAGAUCCGCGCCAAGCACGGAGGGAAGGAGCACAUCAAUCUCUGUGAGGUUCUGAACGCUACCGAGAUGACCUGCCAGGCUCCGGCCCUCGCUCUGGGGCCCGACCACCAGUCCGACCUGACCGAGAGGCCCGAGGAGUUCGGCUUCAUCCUGGACAAUGUCCAGUCCCUGCUCAUCCUCAACAAGACCAACUUCACCUACUACCCCAACCCCGUGUUUGAGGCCUUUGGCCCCUCAGGGAUCCUGGAGCUCAAGCCAGGCACACCCAUCAUCCUAAAGGGCAAGAACCUAAUCCCGCCCGUCGCUGGGGGCAACGUGAAGUUGAACUACACCGUGCUGGUUGGGGAGAAGCCGUGUGCGGUGACGGUGUCGGAUGUGCAGCUGCUCUGCGAAUCGCCCAACCUCAUCGGCAGGCACAAAGUGAUGGCCCGCGUGGGUGGUGUGGAGUACUCACCGGGGAUGGUGUACAUCGCGCCAGACAGCCCGCUCAGCCUGCCUGCCAUCGUCAGCAUCGCCGUGGCGGGCGGCCUGCUGACCGUCUUCAUCGUGGCCGUGCUCAUCGCCUACAAGCGCAAGUCCCGCGAAAGCGACCUCACGCUGAAGCGGCUGCAGAUGCAGAUGGACAACCUGGAGUCCCGCGUGGCCCUGGAGUGCAAGGAAGCCUUUGCCGAGCUGCAGACGGACAUCCACGAGCUGACCAGUGACCUGGACGGGGCCGGGAUUCCCUUCCUGGACUACAGAACCUACACCAUGCGGGUGCUCUUCCCGGGAAUUGAAGACCAUCCCGUCCUCCGGGACCUCGAGGUACCGGGCUACCGGCAGGAGCGCGUGGAGAAAGGCCUGAAGCUCUUCGCCCAGCUCAUCAACAACAAGGUGUUCCUGCUGUCCUUCAUCCGCACGCUUGAGUCCCAGCGCAGCUUCUCCAUGCGCGACCGCGGCAACGUGGCCUCGCUCAUCAUGACGGUGCUGCAGAGCAAGCUGGAGUACGCCACUGACGUGCUGAAGCAGCUGCUGGCCGACCUCAUCGACAAGAACCUGGAGAGCAAGAACCACCCCAAGCUGCUGCUCAGGAGGACUGAGUCAGUGGCCGAGAAGAUGUUGACCAACUGGUUCACCUUCCUGCUCUACAAGUUCCUCAAGGAGUGCGCCGGGGAGCCCCUCUUCUCGCUGUUCUGCGCCAUCAAGCAGCAGAUGGAGAAGGGGCCCAUCGACGCCAUCACGGGCGAGGCCCGCUACUCGCUGAGCGAGGACAAGCUCAUCCGCCAGCAGAUCGACUACAAAACCCUGGUCCUAAGCUGUGUCAACCCAGACAACGCCAACAGCCCCGAGGUCCCAGUGAAGAUCCUCAACUGCGACACCAUUACUCAGGUCAAGGAGAAGAUCCUGGACGCCAUCUUCAAGAAUGUGCCCUGCUCCCACCGGCCCAAGGCUGCAGACAUGGACCUGGAGUGGCGACAAGGCAGCGGGGCGAGGAUGAUCCUGCAGGAUGAAGACAUCACCACCAAGAUCGAGAAUGACUGGAAGCGACUGAACACCCUGGCGCAUUACCAGGUGCCAGAUGGCUCUGUGGUGGCUCUAGUGUCCAAGCAGGUGACGGCCUAUAACGCAGUGAACAACUCCACCGUCUCCAGGACCUCGGCCAGUAAAUACGAAAACAUGAUCCGGUACACGGGCAGUCCCGACAGCCUCCGCUCACGCACGCCCAUGAUCACCCCCGACCUGGAGAGCGGAGUCAAGAUGUGGCACCUGGUGAAGAACCACGAGCACGGGGACCAGAAGGAGGGUGACCGGGGGAGCAAGAUGGUAUCUGAAAUCUAUCUGACACGGCUACUGGCCACUAAGGGCACGCUGCAGAAGUUCGUGGACGACCUCUUUGAGACCAUCUUCAGCACGGCGCACCGCGGCUCUGCCCUGCCCUUGGCCAUCAAGUACAUGUUUGACUUUCUGGACGAGCAGGCAGAUAAGCAUGGCAUUCACGACCCGCAUGUCCGCCACACCUGGAAAAGCAACUGUCUGCCACUGCGGUUCUGGGUCAACAUGAUCAAGAACCCCCAGUUUGUGUUUGACAUCCACAAGAACAGCAUCACGGACGCCUGCCUCUCCGUGGUGGCCCAGACCUUCAUGGACUCCUGCUCCACGUCGGAGCACCGGCUGGGCAAGGACUCGCCCUCCAACAAGCUGCUCUACGCCAAGGACAUCCCCAGCUACAAGAACUGGGUGGAGAGGUAUUAUUCAGACAUCGGGAAGAUGCCGGCCAUCAGCGACCAGGACAUGAACGCAUACCUGGCCGAGCAGUCCCGGAUGCACAUGAAUGAGUUCAACACCAUGAGCGCGCUCUCGGAGAUCUUCUCCUACGUGGGCAAGUACAGUGAGGAGAUCCUUGGACCUCUGGACCACGAUGACCAGUGUGGGAAGCAGAAACUGGCCUACAAACUAGAACAAGUCAUAACCCUCAUGAGCUUAGACAGCUGAGAACCGUCCUUCCAGGGCCCCCCUGGAGGGAGGGACACACCAAGCCGUGCCUCAGUCUAGAUUAUCAUCUUUACCAAGUGCAAGUUCCGACUGGCGUCAGCAGCAUCCCCAAGCAGCGCUGUCUCUCUCUCUCUCCCUCUCUCUCUCUGCCUCUUUCUGCCUCUCCCUCCUUCCUAGGGCUCUUCUUUUUCAGUUGCUCAGCCAACACAACUGAACCAAGCCACCAGCCCUCAGCUAGUCCAGGAUGGCCAGUCCCGCAGCGAGGGACCUGACCAGAAGAUUCCGAGGGGGCUCUCUGAUCCAGCUGACCCCAUGUGUCAGCAACAGGGCCCACGAAUGGAUGAGGAGACACGGAUAGAGGAUGUUUCUAUGCUGCUACUUCACCCUCCACUUCUUGAGAGCCCCACAUUGGUCCGAACCUUGGCCUAGAGAAGAGGCAGUGAGCUCAGUAUUACCUUUGGUGGGAAGACAUCACCUGGCUCUCCCAUCCCACAUUUCCAUCUCCAAGGGGUCAGUCCCUUUGCAACUGUGAGAAGAAAGGUCGCACCUCUUGCGUAUGACCGGAAUUGGGGGCAGGGGGUGAGGAGUUGGGAGGUGCUCUGUGAGCUGUCUCUCACUCGGGUUGGCAGCCAGGGGCCCCUUUGUCCCCUUCCAGUCUUCUUGGAGCUCAUCCAAGUGCCCACAGGGACCUGCCUGCCAAGCCUUCUCCCCCACCCUUGGAAAGCCAGACAGGAGAAAGAACAGCAGUUACGUUCCACCACGGGGACAAGUCCUAACCUUCUAAUCUGGCUCAUGGCGGCAGAUGUGUGACAGGCAGGGGGAGAAGAAGAGAGCUCAUCUACUCUGUGAACAGAAUUUGUUGUUUUCCAUUCACGCUCCCAAGUGCAAAUGAAUGAUGACCGUAGUUAUGGCUGUACCACUGUCAGAUCCUCUAGAGAUCUUCUAGGUGCUUCUGGAUCCUCUAGGUGUCUAGAGAGGGCACCGCCAUCCCCUUUGGUCAUCGCCCCCUGAAGGUUGACACAAAAUGCACGGUGCACCCAGGCAUCCAGGAGGUUCUACCUGCAGCUGUCCCUGCGGCUCCACCUCCACCACCCUUCCUGAGCACUCUCCAGCAGGCUGGUGCAGACAGCCUCGCCUCUGUUCCCCCUGCAGAGCCUGGUGCCGUGACGCGGAUGGCUUUGCCACUGGCCUGUCCAGACCUCCUGGGGAAGGAUUUCAUCAACAUCUCAGCUGUCUCUUCAGUCACUUUCCUCCCUCAUCUCUUAGCAGUCAUCAUGGAAAGAAAUGCACUCAAGCACAGCCUUCUAGAGACAAACCGAAAUGCCAACCAGACUCAGCCCUGGCUUGUCACAUCUGGGAGGCCCGAAAAGCCAAGUCGAAGGACAUGGCCAGAAAGGGGAAGAGGAACAUACAGCUGACCUCUGCCCUAGCACCUUCCCUUCCAUCUGUCCUUCCAUCUAUGGAUAUAACAUUCUAGCCAGCCAGGUAGAUGUGUGCUCAGACAUGGGGCCUGGGUGAGCAGGGGCUGCAGUGAGAUGCUCUGAGGACGGUCAUGGAAAACUGGAACGGUGAGGGGGCCUUGGAGACCAUCUGGUCCAGUCUCCCACCACAAGCAAAGGUCUCUCUGGCAGCCCUGGUGAGGAGUUGUACACCUUGGGAGGCAAGGAAGAGCAUCGUCUAAGGUGGCGUUGGGCAUGAGUCUUGCCCAUACACCCCUAGCAUUAGGCAUCAUUCCCUGCCAUCCACUCAGAGGAGCCCCACAUGUGAAGGGAAAGGAGCCCCAUCGUUUCCAACAGAGUCUGUGGAGCAUCUUCUCCUUUAAGAAUGCUCACCCCUCUGGAUAUGCUUGUGUGUGCAUGUGUGUGAGCUCAUGUGCACGCACUCGUGCACGUGUGUGUGUCUGCCCCGGGAGCUCAAAAAGAUUUCCUAUCCCAUGGAGGGGGAUUCUCAGAUGUUUCUCUCCCUCCUCUCCCCUUGCUCAUCAGCUCAUCCUGCAGCUCCAGGACUUUCAACUCUUGCUUUCUACACCGAGUGCUGGCGGGUAGAAUGAGACGUCACCUGCCUGUAGGAAAUCAGGGUGGUCACAGGCCGAGGGAGGCCUGGACUUGACUGGGGGUCAAACAGUGGUGACCCCAAGCAGGGCAUCACAUGGCAUCAGGGAGGACAUAUGGUGGACAAAACUCAAGAAACCUUAACCAACAGGACGACGCGGAGGAGAAUGGGAAAAGAUGCAUGUCAAGGGGGAAAAAAAUAACCAAAGGUUUUGGCGAGGGAAGUGCCAGGCGAAGAAGCAUGGGAUUUCUACCCCUGAGCAUUUGAUUUUCUCCCAGGAAGCCAGGGGCCCUGGCAGGCCAGGCAGGAAGCAUGUGGAAGGCGGGCUGAGGAAGCAGCCCAGCCGCGAAAAUGUUUUUGCACAUGUGAAGGGUUGGGGAGGAGAGAGACACAAACAUAUUUAACACAGAUUUGCUGAAUGAAGCUGUGUGUGCGUGUGUGAGUGCACGUAUGACUGUGUAUGUUUUGACUUUUAAGUUUUGCACAGAUAGAGAAAAAAUGAACAAGCAGAAAAAAAAAGACUGUUUCAUUGGUUCUGCUGAAGCUUUUAUUUUUUACUGGAUUAUUAUUAUUGCUAUUGUUCCUUUGUCGGUACUGAACUUUUUUUUGUUGAAAGAGAAACGGGGAACGCCUCAGAGAAACAUGAAGGUCAGGAAGAAGGGGCGAGAAGACGAGACUAAUUUCCUCGCUCUCCUCCUUUCUCCUGGGGAGGAGUUUGGGCAGAUCUGACUUUAAUUGGUGGGAUGGGUUGUUGCUCGGGCUCUGUUUGCCCGCAAUCUCUGCGGCCUGCUUGGGGACGGAGGGGACGGAGAAGUAGGGCAGAGUCACGCAGAGCCACAGCCCAUCUGGCCCAUAAAAGUUCUUUCCUUUUGCUGUUUGUUUGUUUUCUGUUUCUUUGGUUUGAUGCGCAUGUGGUAGGUUUCAAAGUAAAGACAGGGCAGCUUUGUCAAAAAGCUGUCCUUCCCCCAAAUCUUCCCCAGACUCCCCUUGGAACCUCUGAUCUCUUGGCAGACCGGAGGGCUGCUCAGACGGCUUGGGGGCCAGCAUGCACCAGACGCAGUCCAGGCGGUAGCACCAGAUGCAAUCCAGGGGGUGGGAGGGCCCCUCGAGGCUUUCCUCUCUGUUACAGUUCACUAGCAGGGUUGCAGUUCUGUUUAAGGUGGGAUCUUAUAAGACUCCCCAAGUCCUGGGCAGGGAGCAGGGGAGAAAAGGCCACCCUCCUCUCACCUCCUCCUGCACCCCACUCCUGCACCCUCCUCCUGUGGAGACCAGCAAGGUCAACAUGGUACCUGGAGAUGAUGCAGUCAAAAGAACUGACGUAGCUUAGGUGGGGGUUUUAAGUUGGAGGGAGAUGGGCUGAAGGCUGGUGGGGUGGAGGUGGGGGGAGCUUUGUGAGGUCCUGGACAUGAAGGAACAGGGGAAAGAAGCUGAGGAAGGUGGCUGCAGGCUGGUCAUUUCUGUGUGUGGGGGCGGUGGUUAACAAGUUCACCCAGGUACGGGCUUCGCCACUCUGUCCUUCCCUGUAGUAAGGAGAACCCCGGCGUGUGUUGGCAACAACAAAUAGUGCCAUUAAGUGAGGCUGGCUGUCGUGUCACUUACUUCCUCAGGAAAAUACUUCUUCUUGCCUCCCUCUUUCAAUGUGGUUUUAAAUUGAGGGACCACCUGAGUGUCCCACAGGCCAAGGUACGUUCACACCCCCAGAGUGACACGCACAGCUGCAGGCAGCCCCAGAGCCUGCGGGCCAGUGAGCGAGGCCCAACAUGUUUGAGAGAGAGGCAUUCUGAAUCCAUCCCGACGUUGGAGGCGCUGUCCGGGACUGCACCCAGGCAGGAGCAGGGGCUCUGACCCCGUCCCCUCAGCCCCAGCUCUCCCCUCCCAGCCUGGGGGUCAUGUCCACGUCCUGUCCUAUCACCUUCCCAUGCCAGGGUCCUUGUGCUCCUGUCCCCCUUGCAUGUCUGACUUCGGAGUGUGCCGUCCCUUUGUCCCACCUCCUCCUGCACGUGUAGCCCCUGCCCACUAAAGCGCCAGACUCAUGGAGCCCGUCUGUGGGCCGCUCAGCCCUCACAGCCCAGCCCACUGACUGUCUUAGGCCCACCCACUCUCCCAACGCUGCCUCCCUGCCUGGUCUGGCACCCAUGUCCAGCAAGGACCCUGUGGGCCCCCGUCUCCCAAAUGACCUCCACGCUAGGGCAGAGGCAAGUCCUGCUGAUGUAGCCGGAAGCCUAAACAACACUUGCUUUGACCUAAAAGAAAGCCUGUUUCCCAUCUGUCUCCUUUUCUCCUUUCUCAGGACUCAGGGGACACUUUCUUUGGCCUCCCAGGAUGCAAAGUCAAAUACGUAAGCUAAUGAGGAUUAAAGUGAAUUAUUAUUAAUCAAGGACAAACACUCCUGCCUCACUGAGCCAGGGAGGGAAGGAAGACGCAGGGAGGCGCUCUGCAGGCAGCGCCCACUGCCAUGCCCCCCGCCCCCCGCGGCCCUUCCAGGAAUGGGCUGUACCAAUGAGCAGCCGCACUGUGGUCUCUGAAAUGCACUUCUGGGAAUGAAUGACCGCCAGGUACCAGGGCCCCCACGUGGCACCCGAGAAGAACUCCGCUCCCCUCUCCUCCACACACACAUCAGGCAGACCCUGGCCCCUUCCUGGCCUCUCCUCUAGUUCCUAGUUCACGGCAAGGACCUCCACCCAGCCCCUCGCUCCCCCUGUCAGCCCCCAGGACAGGCGACUAAGGGCCCCUGAUGCCCAGCUCCUCCCUUUUCCUUUAAACUGUGUGGUCUGUUUAUUUGGGGGUGGUUGUAGUUUUUACUUUUUAUCUAUAUAUUUUAAGAGUUCAAAAUCGGGGAGGGAGCCCAGGUAUGAAUAUAAAGUCCAAAUCACUAGUUGGGAAGGAAAAAACAGAGUUCCACCUGUGACUUCCAAUGGCAUGAGGAGAGCUUCAGGGCCGGGGGAUAUGGCCUCCCCAUGUCAUUCCAGAAAUGGUCAGGACACUUCCUGGCUGUGGACAUGCCAGCCAAAGCAUCCCCCAGGGCUGCUACUAUUCUCACGCCUCCCAGGCCCCUCGGACGGCUGGAGCCCAUGCUGCUGCCCCUCCUCUUCCUGCCUUCUGCCUCCUGCUGCGUCACCCCCGAGGUACAGCAAACUUGAGGGCCUUGUUUCACAGGCGGGAGGCCGAGGUACAGCCACGGGGGAUACUGAGGAGGCAGCUCCUAAGAGAGGCCCACCGCAAACCUCUUCUCCUCCUGGUGCUCAGAGGUUGGCAAAACCUUUCCCUGGAAAUUAAGUGACUGUUCCUUUUUCAGAAAGGAAUCUCUGCAGUAAAUGUUUCAUACAUUCAAGAGAGAAUUUUUUCCCUAAAAGUCUGCUCCUUAAAAAUUAUUUUUUAUUAGGAGGAUUAUCCAAGUUUAUAAAAUAUAUGGGUUUUUUUGGUUGUAGAAAUAAUACAUACUUAUUAGAGGCCCAAUUAAAUUCCUUGAAUAGACUAAUGACUACCCCAAAGCAAACUUAAACAAAACAAAACAAAACAAAAGAGUCCCUAGUGGAUAAAAAGAGAGCUUUCUGUUUGUACUGGCAGAGAGAGUGAGGUGGGCCCGGGCCAGGUGUCCUGGGCCCAGAGGGCCCCCACAUUGCCGCCACUCCACCCCCUUUCAAUCUGUCCUGCGUUGGCUCCGGGCUGCCCGUGACAUUGCUGAAUCCUCCCAAUGUCCCAUCAGCCUCCCCUACACUGCAGGGAGAUGCCAUUAGGGGGUGGUCAUGGAGGGUCUCGUCUCCCCAACGCAAAGGCACAUGCUCUUGGCAAAUAGACAGGUCUAUGCAGCUCAUCUUCCGUGGGUCUCUUUGCCUGGAAUUAGAACGUCUUUUGUUAGUGUCUUUGAUCUCCCGACUCAAGCACAUUUUGUAGAAUUCAAAGCAGAGGAUUUAUUGCAGAGCAAUGCCAAGGGCACUAAGACAUGGAGACCACGUUGCCAAACAGGACUAAAGCAGGACUAGUGAGCGCAGUGCAGGCGCAUGACCAAGCAGGGGAACGUGUCCUUGUGUGUUCUCCUCUCUCCCCUCCCGUUCCUCGUGUUUCUCAUCAGCUUGUUGGCUCGUCCCACCGUCUAUUCUUUAAAAAAAAAAAAAAAGCUAGUUUACCUCAAAGAAUCUUGUUUCCAUUUGGAAACCAAUGACUUUGUGUUUUAGAGUGGACAACCCUCCCCUUCAUCGCUCCUUGAGACCACCUGGGCCUGGUGGCCUUGAGACCCGAGCUUCUGGCUUGGUCACGUGUGGGCUGUCCUGACCCGGAACAAGAACCCAGGCUCGGAGAGGGAAAGGAAGGAUCGAACACAGCUGCCCUCCUCCCCACUUUAGCUCGUAGGGACCAGCUUAUCCCUUCCAGCGGGGUCUCGCCGAGUAACCAUAGUGACCAGCAACUCCAGGGUACCACAGCAGACAGCAGCUCAGUGCGCCAGGAUGUGUGUGUGGCGGGGGGCGGGGGGAAUUCUGCUUGGUCAGAUGACCCAGAGUUGAGUCUCCGAUACUAAAGGGAAGAGGAGGAAGAGGAAAGGCUGAACGGGUGGUUUAAGGAACAGGCAGGAGGAGCCUUGGGGUCUUAGAGAGGCCACCGAAGGAGGCAGGCAGGCCACCCCUGCUCCAGCCCCCCUCCCACUUCUGUUUCCAUAAAGCUCCCACCUUGAACACUGACCAUUAGAACAAAGCAAAGCAUACCUUUAGACAACAGUGUUACAACAAGCCCCAAAGAUAGGUGGGUGAAAUCUAUUAGAGGAUGAGGGUCUUCUGGUUUUGAUUUUUAAAGAAGAAUAUCCUAGCAAGAUUUAAACAAAGAUUUAAAAAAAAGUUUUUAAAAAGGAAACCUAUGCUAUUUCAAUUGGAGCCCAGUUGUAACUUGGUAAAGGCAAGCUCCUGUACCUUUGUUAUAAUUAAUUGUAUACCUGUGUAUGUAAAUAUAAGGCAUUCCUAUUUUGCAGUUCAGAACAAAAAAAAACUUAUUUGUAAUAUAGAA